AUGGCGGAAAUUCAAAAAAAGAAGAGAGUUUUUCUAUCAGUGGAGCAGAAGAUGCAAAUUGCCGAACAAUUACAGAAGGGAAUGACGGUGAAGGCACUUUCUCGAGAAUAUGGAGUAUCGCCGGAUGUGAUUCAUCGGAUUCGACGAGAGUGUACACUCCUAUCCGCUUUUGGGACCCGCGGGGGCCAUGUAUUACAGCAUAAAAAUCGAAGAAGAUCUUCGGUCGAAGAUUUAGAAGAGCGAUUGUAUACAUGGUUCGUUCAACAACGAGUGAUGGGAAACCCUAUAACAGAUUUGCUGUUGCUGGAAAAGGCCCGCGAAAUGUUGGCUGCGCACGGAGGAACCUCAUAUGCCGGAAGCAAGGGCUGGUUGUGGAGAUUCAAACAACGCUAUGCGAUCCACUUAGCCCAUGCUCAUGGUGAAAAAGCAAGUGCUGACAAAGAUGGUGCGCAAAAUUUCAUAAAAACAUUCAAUGACAAAAUCGCGGAAGAGGAUAUAAAUUUAAAUUUAGUCUUUAAUAUGGACGAAGCAGGCCUUUUAUGGAAAACUAUUCCUUCGAAAAGCCUUAUAACAGAUACUGAAAGUAAAUUGGAAGGCAGAAAAUUAAAAAAGGAUAGGGUGUCCAUUUGUUUCUGUAGUAAUGCAACUGGCACCCAUAAAUUGGCCCCGAUUUUAUCCACAAAUUUCAAAAUCCACGAGCUUUGA